AUGUCCAUAGACAACAACGAGGAGCAUCAGAUGGCCGAGCCGACCGUCAGGUUGUGUAUGCUGCGGACCUGGCCGCAGCAUUUCGAUGGGUACGGAUUCAACCUGCACGCCGAAAAGUCGAAAACGUCCGUCGUGCCCGCCAACGGCAGCAGUACCGGCACCGCAGCGAGCGGGCUGCCGUUUUCUGGAGGCCAGUAUAUCGGCAAAGUGGACAGGGGAAGUCCUGCCGAAAGCGCGGGACUCAGGGAAGGCGAUAGGAUCGUGCAGGUCGAUGGCCAGGACAUAGAAGGAGAGACGCACUCGAAGGUCGUGGCCCGUAUCAAAAAGGGAUCCGCGCCGGAGCCCGGUAGUAACGACGCGGACAAUUCGAUUAGCCGCUGUUCGUUAUUGGUGGUCGACCGUCGGGCCGACACGUAUUACAAAGAGAACGGAAUACGAGUGCACUCGAACAUGGGAUUGCAAGUGCUGGUGUUGCGUACACCCGAAGAGCCGACACCCGAAUGUCUUGCGUUGCAACCGAAUGUAAACGAUUCGAGUCCGAAGACUGCGAGUAUCGGCGGCGCGCCGGUUGUCGACGAUAGCGCGGAUAAUAAGCAACAGGCAAGUUACAACAAUUAAAUUCUCUCGAGCGUUUGCGUUUCAUUUGGUACGUGACACUGCAGGUACCUGUGGUGUAGGCGAUUUUAUUUUGUUCCCGCGACUUCCAACUCGAUUGUCUUGUAAACGAGACGUCCCGCCCGGGCCCGCGUACCCGUGCGCGCGCGCGCCUCGGAAUAAUUGUUCUUGCGGCAGGAAAAGAAAAAAAAAAAUCGCCUAAAUUUUCCGUGAAUUAUUGGGCGUGGGUGGCCGCCGUAGGUUUUUAGCCAAGGACUCUAGGGCACCGCCGCCGCCGUCGCGCGCGACUCGUGAAAAACGCGGUCGAGGACGUUCCCCACCAUCGUGUAUGCCCGCCAAUAUUCUAAUGCGCUCGCGAUGUUCGUAACACAGCGUGCACGGCCAUACACCUUGACGGCGAUAAUUCACAGUAAUAUUAUGCGAAACUAACAACGUCGUGGUUUUUUUUUUUCUCCUCCGUUACACGACCGAGCGGUAAGAAAAAAAUUAAUUUCCAUAAUUCGGAAAUACAUUAGGCGGCAGCGGGCCCAUAUCCGCACGGCCGGCGUGUUUAUCGCCCGCGAAACAGAGAGAAAAAAACAAAACCCAUUCGUUUCGGAACCGCGUAAAAGUUACGUCGUGUCCGUGCUUUUCGGGUCGAUUCCGCGGGACAACGCGCGCCGUCGCAACAAUAAUAAUGUCCCCGGGCCUCUUGGGCGUUAGAAUGUGAUAUCAUCGUGUGUGCGGAUGUUCCAUCGCGCAUCCGACGCGGCCGCUCACGUUUACACGGACGUUUUGUCGACAGCCGGAGUUUUUUUUUUUUAUUUAUUAUCUUCUAUCGUUUUCGCCGUAUUUCCUCUCAGACCCGGUAACAAUGAACCCGGACAACCGCUCUCGCCUGCCCGCCCAGUCGCGUUUUAAUAGCCCGGCGUGUAGCCCGUUUUACCAUCGAAUUUGCCGGAUUCGUACUCGUUUUAGCCGUUCGAAGACUCUGAUGUUCCCAUCAGAUGUUUCCACAUUGCGACCCGACCGAGUUGCCCGCCUGCCUGUGCAGGCAGUAGCGUGUGCGUGUACGUAUAUAUAUGUAUACGCGUUAUUGUACUCGACGCGAAACUAGUUGUAUGGGUUUUUUUUUUUUCUCCCCGCGUUCUUUCUGUUUAAAACUAGUUUCGAUGUUCUUGGGCGUAAAUGCACAUGGGUCGGUUGUGAAAUACUGCGGCGAUAGGCGCUGCAUUUUCGUAUUUGAAUAACCGAGAAAUACGUGUUUGUAAACGUAAUUUAUGCGACUGCAAACCGUACGGCGAAUUCAGCUGUUGCGCGCGGUGUUGUUGAAUUUUAUUCUGAACGACGACGACGCGUGUCCGAUUCGGCCUGCCCGUUAUUCCGCUACGCGUCUCUCGAGCGGGGACGACGGCCCAAUAACAAUCGAAAUAAUGUCGAGGAUACCGAACGGUAUCCGCGCGACAUUUUGCCCGAUAAUGUAUCGUCCCGAUAACGUGCCCGGUAACAACAUUCGUGGAACCGUAUGUGACCGCGUGUUAUACGCCUACGUAAUAAUAAUAAUAAUAAUAAUUGUCGUCGGUCGAACGAAAAGAUAAUCGUUUAUUUUUCACCGCUAUAAAUAUUAUAAAUCCAUUACGUUGCGUAACGAAAUAUACAGAGAGAAAAUUCCACGCUAAUAGAUUAUUAUCGUUGGACGAUUAUUGUUUUAUAUAAGUAACCAGUUCGAGCCUGUAUUAUGACGUGUAUCGUAAUUUAUCCGAAUGAAUCAUUCGAUUAUUUUCAUUUCGACCAAUAAUAAUCUUUCCGUUAUUAUUAUUAUUAUAUUUAUUAUUUUUUUUUUUUUCUAAUAUUAUUAUUCAAUUAUCUAUCAUCGUUCGAUUGUUCCCGUCGCCCGUCUCGAGUUCUCGACGGCGAUAACCGUCCUCGCGAUGGAAAUGGCACACACUCCUCUCGGGGGGGGGAGGGGAACCGAGUACCUACUCAUAAAAAAGUAUUCCCGGUUGGUCGGGGUUCCGGAGUAACUAUACCGAAAACCGUGGAAUACCGUCUUCCACCAAUAAUAAAAACUCGUUCGUUUAAACACACCGCGAACGAUAUUUCACAAUAUUCACGCAACGCUGAUCGUUUAAAUACUCGACUGGUCGCUAUAGACUCCGCCGGUUUUGUAUCCGAAUUCGAUAUUUAAAAUUAUCGUUUAUCACGUGCGCGGCUCGACAAAACUAUCCACGCGCAAUAAUAUUCCGGGUGCAUCAAAGACCUAAUCUACCCUUUAACUUAACGGGACCUUGGCCCGUGGGUGGAUCUCGGAACGGGGUCCAGCGGGGGAUUCGCCGUGUCACAUAUUUUGUUACCUUCACUACAAAAUUUGCCGUUUCGUCGAUCGUUUGCCAUUUAUUCUUUAGCGGGCGCCAUCGUGCAACAUUGUGGGCGGCAAUUUUAACGGGAUUCCGUGUACAAACGCAAAUUGUAUCGUACACAUUCAAAUUCACUUUCUAGGUACAUAUUGUACAAUGAUGAUAAUUACAAUAAUGUUCAUUGUAUCGCAAGUAUUAUAGGUUAGUGCAUAGGUAUUUAUUGUGAAAUUCGUUCGAAAACACGUUUACGCGAAAUAAAUAAUGAAAAAAAAAUAAAUAAAUAGGUAGAUAUAAUACCGCGAAUUAAAAUCUCGGUUUACGGUAGAUACCGUUUAGAGUGAUUUUAGAGAUAAUUUAAGGAGAUAGAGAAUUGUAAUAUUUUCGAGUGGACCUCUCAUAAUAUGCAUCAUUUUGUACUAUUCAAAUAGCUAUGGUACGUAUUGGUCGAUAUCAUCAUGAAGUCAAUAAUACGAUAUCUAUUUUUGCAACUUUUUUUUUUUUUUCAUAUACAAUAAUAAUAUGACAAAUCUGUAUAAAAGAUAGUACCUACCUACCUAGAGGUCCUUAUGACAACUUUCGAUGGGAGAUUAAGCACUUCCCGCCCCCCAAUCGCCGUUUACGCAUACACAAUAGAUAUUUUAUCUCUAAAAUCGUUUAAAAUGUAAAUAACAUACCUCGGACGACCAUUCUACAGAGUAUAAUAAUUGGCAAAUUCGUAAUGGCAUUCAAAUUAUACUGCAGGCCUCGGUUUAUUGCGUGUGCCGGACAAAAACACAAUAAAUAAUAAUGAUAUACGAUUAAGCAGGGCGCGUCAAUGGCGUAUUUAAGAUUUUACCAAGGAGGGACGUGUUAAAUUUGGAAAUUGUGUCAAUGUACGUAUUGAUGUUGUACAAAUUCGGAAAUAAUAUUUAAACACAAAAUCUGCUCUAAAAUUUAUUAUCGUUGAAAUCGAAUUACUGGGUGGGUGUUAUAGUAAUUAUUACUAUUAAUUAAUUUACUAUUUACGUUAGUGGCGUAGUUACGGAGGGCAGGGGGACAAAUGGGACACUUGACCUCCGAUGUCGUGUUAGUGAGACAGUGACGGAUCACAACUGUGACAUUCCAGAACUGACCGUCGGUUAUAAACCGCUGUUCAAAACUGUUAAAAAAAAAACUAUUCGUGUGUAUUAGUGGAGAACAACGAUACCGGCAGGUUGUGCAGAAGAUGAAAAGCUAAGAAUGGAGAGGGGAGGGGCGAUUAAAAAACGAUGCCCCGUGACCAAAGAUAAUAUUAUAAUGCACCUAUGUAUUUUCUUCUUCUCCAGUACUCUCGGGCUCUAGGACCAUCCCGACAUACAACCUUGCCCCCAGUUCUCUCUGCCUGAUGCCUAUAUUCUCCAGUCUAAACCUCCCCCUAACGCUUUCACAUCAUCUCUUACUACAUCCCCGCUUCUCGGACGUAAUCUUCCCAGCGGUUUUUUCCCAGUAGGAGUGGGUUUUGGCCACGCCAAGCAUGUCCGGCUAAUCUGUAAUCUGUUGCAGUGCUUCGUCGUUUCCAGUAUACUGGGUUUAUGGGAGAGCGUUUCUAUAUCUAAUCCGUCGGUUUUCCUUAUUCUCCGCUCGCCACUUAGCUGGGCGCCCUUUGCAGACGGCCCGAAAAACCCAUUUAUUCUCAAACAUUAUUAUCGGGUAUUAUUUAUGCAUUAAUUGUUUACGGGUAGAAAAAUAUAAAACAACUCAAUAAUAUUACACGCACGUGACCGAUAUAAUAAUAAAAUAUUAUAGCGAUGACUUUUGUAACCGUAUAACAAUAAUUUAUUUAUUUACAAACGCCAGUCGGCAGUUUUAUGAUUACAUUUAGGGUUUGGUUUACAGGUAACAGUUAAUUAUAAUUGAAUAUUAAUAAUACACAGUAACGACAAAAGUAACGGCAAAAUACAAAUUAGAUGGUAAUAUAUUACCACCCUACACUAAAACAAAUAAAAAUUAAAUGGAAUAUAAAAACAUUACAACUAGUGCGUUUAAUUACUCGUGGUUGAAAUCAAAAUCAUUAAGGCCAUUUAAAUUGCGAGGCAUUCCGUGUAAAGGGUGGUCAUUGCCGUUGGAUGUACCGUGGGCGUGGUGUCUGUAGAAGAAUAAAGGGAUACGGAAACUCACGUUUGAUAGGGGAUCAGGAGCGUCCGUGGUGCCCCUCUUAAGAGAGUGCGGGCAGAUAAAUUGCGCGUCAAUGGCUUUUCGGCGGGAUGAAAUUUGUGGAAUUUCCAAUGUGCCACGAAUUGCGUAAUAGUCGUAUGACGGGUGUAUUAUUUUGGGGAUACGGGCUGCUGCGUAGGAAACAAACCUGUUUCGGACUCGCCCGAGUCCUCGUUCAUCUUUUGCCCAAUCUCCGUAAUGAUGUUGAACGCAACGAGCAGAAGACAAACGAGCGGUGUCGCGCUUAACGACGAGUCCCGCGAGACGUUUAAUGCUUUACCUGCGGUCACGUUCGCGCGGUAAAGUUCAAAUACGGCGUACAAUGUACACCGGUCGUUUAUCUUCGCAAUAUUUAUAAUUGAAAAUAAGUUGUUUUUUGUACGCCCUGUGUUGAUUGUGACGCCUUUGUGUUUUCAUGUGCGUUUGCCGCCCCCACGCAGCAGCAGAACGACGGCGGCGCCGAAGACGCCCCGCCGACAUCGGCGGCCGCCGCGGCCAAGACGCCGGCCGCCGCCGCCGGUGCGACGACGCUGAAUUUGAACAUGACGGCCGCGGAACUGCGCAGACGGUUGGCCGAACGCAAGAGACAAGAUUCGCGACGCACGGCCGCUACCGGCGACGGUUCGUUGGAUUUCCGUAAAAAGUACGAGAUCGUCGACAAAUUGUAA